AUGAGCAGUUCAAGCGUUUACGAGCCAGAUGAUGACGAAGAAGCGUCUGAUUCCGAUAUCGAAUCCAGAUACCCAGACACAAAAUUCGCAGCCUCGUCUCCUCCAAUCCAGGACUUUGAACGUCUCAAUUCGGCAGAGUCCGAAGACCCAGACACUCCGGAGGUGAUACCCAGAGCGACAAAAGGGACGCGGGCUCAGAUAUUGGAUACUCUUCGCACAUCACUCGGAAUAGGAUGUGUGGAUGCAUACACCGCUGAAUUUGCAGAAGCAGUGAACGAUACUGUGCCUUCCAAUGUCGGCAGCGAAAAUUACAAUGCUACUCAAAAUGGCGUCGCGAUCUGGACUUCCGAAGAGAAAGAGAUUCUGUUCAGCAUGCUUGACAGAAAGGGGAAGAACGGCGCUGCGGAAAUUGCCCAAGCGAUUAGCUCAAAAUCGGAGUUAGAAGUUCAGGAACAUCUGAAGCUCCUACACAGAGGACUGGAACGGCAACACCUUCGAGAUCCCCACAGCAGAACCAUCGUUCUCGGCGAAGUUCCGGCAGCACUGGAGAUCAGUCACGAAUGUUGCAAGGCACUUGACGAUUAUGCUGAGCUAUUAGCUCUUGAAGAACAGCGGGCCGAAGAUGUUGCUGGAAGGAAGUUACAUCAGAAGGUGUGGAUUGUCGAUCGAGAAAUUGCAGAAAUGGUAGAGAAACAGUUGGAGGAACGAGAUGAGACUCCUCUACCUGGCUCAAGCGUCUAUGUUACUGCUGAGUUUUUCAACCUCAAUAAGUGGAUCAGACUAUCUGAAAGGUUCUUCAUGAACGCCGGUGGUCCAAGGCUAGAGGACAAUUGGCUCAACGUCGCCUGUGCUGACGAGACACCUUCCAUAACGGCGGACGCUCUUGCGGAUUUCUACGCUCUGGCUAUAAGCGUGACUCGCCGUCUCGUACAUUCCACCCUGUUCUUCGCCAUGUCACGACUACGGAACAUGAGGGAAACCGGAAACCGCAAAGCACGAAUAGUGAGAUCGCGUGAUGUUAAGACUGCGCUGAAUGUGCUCAAUAUGCCUCAGGAUCGCUUCGACUUUUGGGUCGGAUUAGCCCGAAGGUGCAGCUUGCAAGUUGCAGACCUCCGCCAUAAGAAAGGAUGGCACUCGGAGCUCUUGGAUUACGACGAAGUGGAAGAUAUCCUUUCCGGAAAGGUUCCGGUCGACGCAUCCCUUGAUGCAAGAAGCGCUUCCAGGCGGAGAUCCGAGAGUCGUGCCCCGCACGUCACAAUUGAAGAUGAUGAGAACGAAUCCGACGUAUAUUCCUCUGCUUCAUCCGUAUUGUCAUCGCCUGAAACGACACCUAUCGAUGAGCCGUCAGUACAUUUCGAAGACGAGCACGCAGAAGAGAUCGACCAGGUGAAUAAUGCCUCAGAAGAAAUGCGGCUUUGGCGCUUGAUGGGGCAGCCAGUCCCAUCUGGAGUUUCAUCGUUGGCCUCCAACACGGAGCAAGGCUCCAAGUUGCGUAAGCCGAUUGGCGAGCGCAAGACGAAAGAAGACUUAGUCGAUUGGCGCGAUCGAACUUUAUAUCGAAGCGAUUGGGAGGAAUACGGGCAUGAUAUACACGACCUUUAUGAAGACUUGUCAGAGAAUAGACGAAAAAGGAGACGUAUUGAAAGACGCACGGUCACUCAAGAAUCUCCCGUCUCAAUAGCCAGCGACAGAGAUCAUGAAAUGGGUGACAACAACGAUUCUCAGGGGCCGGGGAACCACGCCGUUAAGGACGAGCUGAGAGCCGAAAAUGACGCAGACGGCGACGGUGCACUGCAAAUCGAAGGUGCCGAUGAUGCAAUGGACAUUGAAGACUCCGUCCACAACGAGUCGGAUUCUGCAGGCAGCGGAGACGCGAGGAUGGACAUCGAGACAGGUCCCCUCGAUCAAGGUCCAGGUCAGGAUUUCAGGCAGGAUAGAGCGGAGUACAGUUCAAACGAAGCAUCAGCAUCUGACUCCGAGUUGAGCGAUGGGGAACAAGAGCAUCCACCUUCAUCUCCCAAACCGGAAAGCGAAGCCAUUGCGUCCGAACCACAAGAUUCAGGACCUAUUAAGCGAGAGGCUAUUGGUGUUGAUUUGAGCGAACAGUCUGCUGUUGAAGUCGCUUACGACUCCGAUUCCGAUGCUACCUCUGGUGAAGAGAGCGACUCCGACCAAAAACCACAUGUUCACACACGUAACCAUGUCGGGGGUGUGCCUGUGAAUGAAAUUGAAGGACCGAGUAUCAAACAUGAGAGCUCGCACUUUGAUUAUAAUGACAGCUCGAAGCCUGAGCGCGCGUCCGCUUCUGAUCUCGAAUCCGACGAGGGUAGCGAGCUCGACCAGAAACCUAACAUACAUCCUCAAAACGAAAAUAGAAACGACAGGAUACCUGUUCGUCAGGACUCAGGGCCCGUUGUCAAAGAGGAGAACAUCAAAUUCAGCCAGAGCGAAGAGUCCGGGUCCGAGUAUGAGGUCGACUCUCAGGUCGAAUCAGACGAGGAGGGCAAACCAAAUCCACAUCUUCGGGCUCCCUCGCAGCCAGUGAUCAAACCUGAGCCUCGACUGAGAGGUACUGAUUCAGAUUCAUACCUCGAUUCCGAUGAGACCGACAGCGACGAGGACUCGCCAACCCAUCCCCAGGGAGGAAUCAAGCUCGAACCCAACAGAGAAAGCAGCCAACUCGACAUGGCGCACAAGGAGCCUGCAUCAGAGCCAGAUUCGGAUUCGGAGUCGGGCUCAUCUUCCGACGACGAUGGUAGCAGAGACAAACAUGAACGACAUCAGAACGAACGCCUCAACACCGAGCUCAAGAAUGAAAGCGAAGACAAUCUGUCUUCCGGCUCGGAUGACGACCUCCCCUACGAUCGACACCAGAAGCGAGAGGAUACAUACUCAUCAUCCGAAGAUGAGGAUGAGAAGAAUAAUCUCCCUCUUCAUUCUCAGCCCUUGAGCCCGGUUGUUUGA